GUGUCAGCUAAAGCCUAAAGGUUCAGUGUGUAUAGAUGAUUUCAUCAACACAAGAUCACCCUUUGUACGGCUGAAAUCCUUUUUGGCAAAGGACUAUAAAAGCUUACGGAUCCUCAAAGCAAAAAGCAUCUUCAGGUCUACAAACUCCUGGACUUCAGAAAAGUCUCACCCAGCAGCAAGCAUGAAAUUCUCUCUCAUCGCCGUCCUUGUUGUUGCUCUGGCCAUCGGUUCAGAGUCAGCAUCUCUGGUCAAGAGAGACGCUUCAGCCGAGCUGGAAAAGAUCGCCAAGUACUUUCAGGACCUCGUGGACAACCUGAAAAACGUUGAGGCCCCCGAGAUGGCCAACAAGGCCAAGGCUUACUUUGAGGAGAGCAGAGCUCAGUUCCAGCCUAUGGUUGAGAAGCUCCAGGAGCAGCUGAAGCCUCUGUCCAACAUCGAAGACCAAAUCAAACCACUGGCCGCCUCCGUCCAGGCUCAGGUCGCCCCUCUGAGUGAAUUGGUGCAGAGCCAAGUUGAUGAUAUGCUCAAGUUUGUGGUCGAAAAGACCAAAGCCAUCAUGCCCCCCAAGUAAACAGGAUCCACCAUUCUUUCUUUUGACACAAUAUGUUCAUGUUUAUGUAUGUUUGAAAUAAUAAAAGGGCUUGAAAGUUGA